UCAGUCAGUCAGUCCAUUUCCCUUUGCACCAAAAUUUUGUACUCAUUUUUCAGGCAUCUUUUGUGAUUGAAAAUUGAUUUGUACAAACUUUAGCUGAGUUCGCCAUGUAUACCAAAAGGUGUCUCAGUGAUGUGCUAUGCUACAUUGCGCACAGGUAUAUGGAUAUACCCUUACCCACCUGCAGAACAUACUCCAUCUGGAAGUUCCCGCCUAAUUUCGAUGCGAACAAUCAGCGUGCAGGCAGAUUGUUUUGGUUCUCCGAGCAGAUAUUCCCCCUCAUGUUCUACUAUGCUCUGGGCAUUAGUAUCAUUGGAUCGACUCACAAUUGUCUAGAAUUCAUAAGCAUUUUGUUCAAGAAGGCGCAUCUGAAGAAGUCGCAUCGGCUAAGGAAGGUAAAGAAUUUCAAAUACAAGCAAUUGCGCCGCUUUCGUAUCAUCGGAUGCAUUUUAAUGUUAACGGCGUGGACAAUACUGCUAUACGCCUUGGCCACCCUCAAGCCGCAUUACAUUGGUCCAUGGUUUGUGAUUUAUGCCACCAUUACAUCCAUCGAUAUAUUAUUGGUGCUGUCAGAUGCCUUAGUGAACAGGACUAUAGGCAACGGCUUCUUGUUCAAGACUUUGAUCCCGGUUAUCAACUUGUACUGUGUCCUUUCUGUGCGGUCGACUCUCAGGCAACUGAUCGAAUUUUACGGUUAUCAGGAUGUUGUUUGGUGGUCAAUGGAAAGAUAUGCCCCAUAAAUUGUCAAAAUAAGUGAAAAUAAUAUUUAACUACAUUUUACGUCGUACUGUAUUUUUCUCAUAUUAACAAAAUGUAAU